AUGAUAUAUGGCCAAACAUUGAGGAUUCCGGGGCAGUUCCUGAAUCGGCAACCGACGGAGGACGAGGACGACGCCGCCGACUUUGUUGGAAAGCUGCGGGAGCAGUUCGAGAAGCUGCGACCCGUGGAUGGGACCCGGCACGGAGAACGACGACCAUUUAUCUAUAAAGACCUGGCGACGGUCGAGCACGUGUUCGUGCGACACGACGGGCCGAGGACGAUGCUACAGGCGCCGUACGAGGGACCAUACGCGGUCAUCAGCCGCAGCGAAAAAAUCUUUGUCGUGCGCAUGCACGGCAAGGAGAAAACGGUCUCGAUAGACCGUCUUAAACCUGCUUAUAUUUUGCAGCCCGAAGCAGGAGACAGCAGCUCGGCAGAGGCGGCGACACGGAGCCGAGAGGGUGCGGUCGACGGACGGACGGCACGAGACCAGGACACCGAGGUCGAGCGGCGAGGCGCGCGAGAGGACGCGAGGCCGCUGCUCCGAGAGAGCGAGAGAACGACGAGAGCGGGGAGAAAGGUCCGAUUCCCGAGUCGAUUUCAGGCGGGCCUGUAA